AUGUCCCAGUCGCUCAGCAUCGCUGUUCAAGGAUGUGCUCACGGCGAACUCAGCACUAUCUAUAAGGCCAUUGAAGGUCGCUGCAAGACCAAGUUACCAGAUUUGCUCAUCAUUUUGGGCGAUUUUCAGUCAAUGAGAGACGAACAAGACUUGGAAUCAAUUGCGGUUCCUGAAAAGUACAAGAAGAUGGGCGAUUUUUACAAAUACUACACUGGGGAGCUUGUAGCUCCCUUGCCUACCAUAUUCAUUGGCGGAAAUCAUGAAUGCAUGCGAGGAUUGGCUGAACUGCCUUUUGGAGGGUUCGUUGCCAAAAACUUCUACUAUAUGGGCUACAGUGGAUCAAUAGUGAUCAAGGGCAUCGAGAUUAGCGGACUGAGCGGCAUUUAUAAGCGCCAUGACUUCAAUGCUGCUCGACCCUCACUUUCAAAUAUAGAAUCUGAAGGAUGGGGGAAAUACGUGCGCAACCUCUACCAUGUACGCAAAUCGGACGUUUUACCACUGUUCAUGUUAGAGCACACAGACGUAAUGCUCAGUCAUGACUGGCCUAAUGGAGUUGUACAACAUGGGGAUACUAAAAGGCUUUUAAAACUAAAACCGUUUUUCAAAGAAGACAUCAGAAGAAAUAAUCUUGGAAGUCCUGUGAGCUGGCAGCUUUUGAGAAAAUUGAUGCCCACAUGGUGGUUGAGCGCUCACCUUCACGUCAGGUUCGAAGCAGAAGUUGUCAGCAACAAGAGAGGUCUGGAGGAGCCAAAUCCCGAUGAGAUUGACUUAGAUUUGGACUUCGACACACAAAAACCGGCGCCAACGAAAACGGCAACCAAAUUCUUAGCCCUGGAUAAGUGUGGACGCAACCGCAAGCAUUUGGAAUUCAUAACGUUAAGCGUGGACCCUGCUCACCCGACCUUCGACGAUGGUCCGUUGAAAAUCUUUGCAAACCCAGAAUUCGUGGCAAACAGGGAGUUUUUGGCUAGUAAUCCUUGCACGGAGAGGCUUGAAGAUAUCAACUUUGACAAACUGCGAGAAGCACGCGGGUCCCUCGACGAUGUGAAGUGGGAAGAAUACGAAUUGAAGGGUUUUGAAUAA